AUGGACUCUGCAGACUCAGGCCCCGACCCCAAAGAGGAGUUGAGUCGUUGCGGGUGCUGGCCCGUGCCACGCGAAAGGCCCUUGGAUGAGACUCUUUCUGUGCAAGUCGACUCCGCCGCGACUGGCCAUUUAUCGCCGGCCGGUCACAAGUUGCCAGGUGACAGCGUUCCCGCUGCCUGCGUCUACGGAGCCGUGUCGGAGCCACCUUCAAUGGGAGGGGCCCGAGGGGCAUGUUCCGCUCCUGCGUCUGCGACUUCCAGCAAGGGAUCCGCGAAGCGCAGCGAGCCCUGUGAGGCAGCCCAGCCAAUGAGCCCCAAAUGCAAGAUCAUGCAAGAGGCGCUCAAAGCCGGUCGCGUGUCGCAGCUCCAAAGCAGUAGCACCAUCGCCGAUUGCACCAUCGGAGCCAAUUACAGCAGCGCGGUGGCGUCGAUCUGUAAGGAUCUUGACUUUGUCACCGGGGAAUGCGGAGAUCUUGAACGGGAUCCCACUUUGGCCUAUGGAGCUGCGGCGCUGACCUUCAAGGAUGUUAGCUUCGAGCUGCCCGCAGGGCAGGGCCUAAUUCUGGCCCCCUGCUCUGGUCAUUUCGAGCCUGGCACGCUGGUGGCGCUGAUGGGUCCGUCUGGCAGCGGAAAGACGACGCUGCUGGACAUCCUGGCCUGCAAGAAGACCUCGCCAUACACCGGGGAUGUCCAUCUGAAUGGCCGGCCCCGGGACGAGCUCUUCCGGCGCAUCACCAGCUACGUGCCGCAGGAGGACAUCAUGUUUCCCACGGUGACGGUGAAGGAGCAGCUCAUGUUCCACACCGUCCUGAAGACCGAGGUCCCCUCGAAGGUUACCAGGGAAGACAUGGCCAAGACCAUCCAGCUGCAACUCCAAGCCGUGGGGUUGGAGGAGGUGCAGGACUCCUUGAUCGGGAGCGACGUCGUGCGGGGCAUCUCGGGUGGCCAGAGGCGGCGCGUGUCUCUCGCUUGCGGCCUCGCAACGGGUGCGCAGAUCUUCUUUUGCGAUGAGCCGACGUCGGGUUUGAGUGCGACGGAUGCUGAACAGUGUGUCAGGUACAUGCGCCUGCUGUGCAAGAAAUACGGUGUGAGCAUCGUCGUGGCAAUUCACCAGCCGCGGCAAGAGGUGGCGGUCCUCUUCGAUCACCUCUUGCUGCUGACAAGUCCUGGAGAUGUCGUUUACAACGGCAAGAUGACGGAGGCGCGGCAAUACUGGAGCGACGCGGGCUUCCCUGUUCCAGAUUUGGUCUCGCCCACAGACUACUUCCUGGACUUGGUCACACCGGGGACGUUGGACUCACAGGUGGAGCACUUUCGAGAAUUCUAUCGGGCCAAUGCCAAGGGCAAGGCGAGGGUCGACGAAUUAGUUGAAAGGGAGUUGUGGAAUCUCCACGAAAGGAAGACGGCCUUUCAGCUGUUGGAGGAUAGACAAGAGCGGCUGUCGAAGUUUGGGGACCUGCCGCCGGUGAGGUACAGCAGCUACGGCGUCAGGUUCCGGAAGCAGCUGCAGAAGGUCUUUUGUCGGCAGGUGCGCCUCCUCCUCCGGGAUCAGCAGGGCGUGUUUACCGAGAUUUUGGUGGCCAUAGCGCAGGCUUUGGUUGUAGGCGCAGCGUACAUCGGCAUUGGGAAGGGAGAAGAUGCUGGAUACCACCAGGUCGGAUUCUACUUCAUGCUGGUGAUGACCUGCGCCCUCUCCGGCAUCAAGGUCAUGCCGAAGGCGAUUGCAGAGCGCACGGUCAUGAAACUGGAGGUUUCGGAGGUGCUGUACAGCGACUGGGCAUACAUUAUUGCUUUUACAAGCCUCAACCUCUUCUUAUCAUUGUUCUGCAAUUGCAUCUUCGUGACACUCGUCUUCGCUUUGAGCGGGCUUGAGUGGACGGUGUACCCGAUUGUUCUGCUUUGGAACAGCAUCAUCUACAUCUCGAUGGACAGCCUGUACUUGAUGGUGGCGGCGGCGGCCCGGGACUCGAGCUCCGCGCAGAUCCUCCUGGCGCCCUUCCUCACGAUGGCCAUGCUCUUCAACGGCUUCACGGUCUCCCGCAAGUCCGUGCCGGAGUUCAUGGCCUGGGCUCUGGAGCUGUCUCCUGUGGCUCACGCCAUGGAGGAGAUGGUCCUCGCCAUCCAGAAGGGGCUCGACAGUGCGGAGUUGAAGCUCGUGGAGACACUCUUCGGCUUCGAGAGCCACCUGGGCAGAUCCCUAGGCGUCCUUUUGGGAUGGUUCCUUGUCUUCAGGAUCGCUCAGAUCAUUUGCUUAAAAACGAUGCACCACAUCAAGCGCUGA